AUGUCUUCCUCUGACUCUGUCACCGCCUCCACUGGCCCCAUCGUCAACAACAACGAAAACCUUGUCCAGGCCCUCGCUGAAGCCAUCAACGACCAGGCCCCCCGCCAGCAAGCCGCCUGUGACAAUGCCGCCGAGGCGUGUGACAAGGCCCCUGAGGCCUGCUGCAAGCAGGCCAACGAAGCAGAAGCUGCAAAACCCAUCAAAGAAUCCGACGAAGAAGUGAAAUCCGAUGGAGACUCCUGCGUCAAGUCUGCAGAGCUCUGCACCAAGGAGCCCGAAGCCUGCUGCAUGAAGACCGUCGAGGAGGAAGCCAAAGACGCCAGCACCAAGGCCACCGACGAGGCCGUCACCGUCACUCCUGCUGUUGACGGAGCCGCUGAGGUCGAAAUUCAAGCCGGCAACGAAGCCACCGCCUCCCCUGCUGCUGAGGAGAAGAAGGAGGAGGCCAAGGAGCUUCCCCCAGCGUAUGUUGAGGAGAAGGCAGUUGAGGCUGCCAACGGUGAAGCUGUUGCUGCCAUCCAGAAGAUUGAGGAUUUGGCCAUCAGCGAGGAGGAAGACAAGUCUGUCAAGGAAGUCCCUGCCUCCGAUGAAUUCGCUGAUUCGGAUAUUAAUUUCCCCUUUAAAUUUGAAGAGGUCAAGCAGGUCACUGAAACCACUGGUGGCACUCCGGUUGAGGUUGAGAAAACCGAGAAGGUUGCUGAGAACGGAGGAUGCUGCUCAUCUUGCCACUAA